UUCACAAUACAUCUCAUUUUUCUCUUGGUGUCUGCACCCGGCUAAUAACUAUUGGCAUCCUUGGUCAGACACUAAAAACGAGAGCUGACUUGAUCUAUCUAAGUGCACAAAUCUACACGAGUUUGUAUAAAGUCGUAUCGUGAGUUCCUGACGUCCACGGACCACGAUUAACCUGUGCAUUUGCUAGAGUUCACCUGAACACACUUGCCCUUACCCGCACCUCUUCUCCCCAUCCCCAAAUCCUCCAAUCCUUCGGACGAGGAGGCGGCGCGACAACCGGUUCCCCGGCGAGUCGGCGAGUGGGCAAAGGCGUAGCGAUGUCGAAGCGGUUGAUGGCGCGGAUGCUGGAGAUGUUCCGGUCGCGGACGCAGAUUGGCGUCGACAAGGCCGGGAACCACUACUAUUCCCGCGUCGAGGAGGUCGACGGCGCCAUGAAGGAGAAGCGCUGGGUGGAGUUCAAGGGCGACAGGGAUCCGACUACUGUUCCAGUUGAGUGGAUUUGCUGGUUGAAUGGCCAAAGGAAGAAAGCUCCAACACCAGAGGAAUUGGCUGAGCUGGAGGCCAGACGUGAACGUGUCAAGCAAAAUGUUGAACUUCUCAAAAAGAAAGAAGAAGAGGAAAGAAGGUCUGGUAUCCGUCCAGUCAAGACAAUUGGGAAAACUGAAUCUCCAAAUCUGAGAAGUUUUACACAACAAUUCCCUGGUACUUCACUAGAUCAAAAGAAAGGAUCUGAGAAGGUGUCUAAUCCUGAUGUUGCGACUGAUGGAGGAGAUGCCAUGGGAGCUAAUGACAGGUCUUCCGAACCAAAAGGAUCUGGUGCCACUUUUAAGCCAGGGACUUGGCAACCACCAUCAUGAAUGCCAACCUAUAAUUCCAGCAGAUGGAGAUUGCUGUGCUUGAGCAUUUUGGCCUAUCUGCAGAUAGCGGACCCAUUAACCUUUGCUGAUAGAUUCUUUCAAGAUUAUGCUCUCCUUUGCCAUUUGAUGCCAGAAUUGGAAAUUUUGUAUGUUGUGCAACAAUAUACUACUUUUGUUAGUUGUUACAAUUCAGAGAUGCAUUCUCUCCUUUGACGUCUGCCGAAGUCUUGGGUGCUACUUUUGAUGGACAGUGCCUGUUCAGCACCUUAUUAGUUCGUGGAAGACAAAUCAUCACUUUGUAUGAUUUUCUGAAGCUACGAGGGCUGCUUUUGGUUUGCAUUGAUGUAUGCUCAACAGCUGAAGUUGGUGCAAUAUCGUGGUGAUAUAACUUAUAAGAGCAAAGUUUCCGUUGUAUGUUUCCAGUAAAAAUGUGAGAAGUGCGGUAGAUCCAUGCAAGAAACUGAACAAGCUGUACUCUUGUUGAUUGCUCGUAUGCGUAAUAUGAUCGUCGGAAAA